CGCGCCGGGGGGGACGAGCUGCGGGACGGGCAGGAGUUGCCGGCUGCGCUGGAGAAAUACAACCAGGCGCUGGAGACCGCUUCCUGCAAAUGUUCAUUAAUAGCACAACGAGCAGAACUGUGGCUAACUAUGAAAAACUACCAGCAAGCUCUCCAUGAUGCAGAUGCGCUUUGUCAAAAGAAACCCCUCUGGGCCAAGAGUCAUUAUGUGAAAGCGUAUGCUCUCUCUGGAUUGGGAAGGACUGAAGAAGCACUGAAGGAAUUUCUUUAUUGUGUUGCCUUAAAUCCUGAAUGGAGCUUAAUGAAAAAAGAAGCCCAAAAGAUAAUGUGUGAGAUGUUUUUCCCAGCCUUUGAAAAUGUGCACGACAGCCUAACUGCACCUUUCUCUAGUCGGAAUUCUUACACAAGAUUGAAACCUGCAUUUUUAAGCAGCUUAAAUACUGAAGAUGGUUCUGCUGCUGGAUGUUCAGAGGAUACUGUAAUCAGGUUAACAAAAGCUCUGUCCCAAGAACCGGAUGUACUUCGAAGCAGUGAUUCUUCCCUCUCUCAGAAUGUACUGGAUUUGCAUUUUGAAGACAAUAAAAAGUCAUUGGGAACUAUCCUCUCCAGCUUACCUGGUGCACGUUUAAAAAGAAAGCUGUCCAGUGACUUCAGGGAUUUACAAAGCUUGGAUGUCCCUAAUAAGAUUCCUAAAAAAGAUGGAGAUACUGUACUUGAAAACUCUGUCUCAUCUGCAUUACGUGAGAUACCAGCAAACCUUGUGGAUGCAUCUGACUUCGAGUGUUCCCUCUGCAUGAGGUUAUUUUACGAGCCUGUUACCACUCCUUGUGGACAUACAUUUUGUCUCAAAUGCCUUGAGCGUUGCCUUGACCAUAAUCCAUAUUGCCCACUCUGUAAAGAAAAGCUCUCUGAAUUUUUGGCGAGCAGAACUUAUAAAAAGACUAUCCUUACAGAAGAACUAAUAGUUCAUUACUUGCCAGAAGAAUUGUCAGAAAGGAAGAAAGUUUAUGAAGAAGAAAUGAAGGAAUUAUCAAAUUUGAAUAAAGAUGUUCCCAUCUUUGUGUGUACCAUGGCCUUCCCUACAAUCCCUUGCCCGCUCCAUGUCUUUGAACCUCGGUAUCGGCUAAUGAUAAGAAGAUGCAUGGAAACUGGUACCAAGCAGUUCGGCAUGUGUUUAGCUGAUGAACUAAAAGGGUUUGCUGAUUAUGGCUGCAUGCUAGAAAUCAGGGAUGUAAAGUUUUUUCCUGAUGGGCGUUCAGUUGUUGAUACGGUUGGUGUUCGUCGGUUUAAGGUCUUGAACCAUGGUCAGCGUGAUGGGUAUAACACUGCGAACAUUGAAUAUCUUGAGGAUAAAAAGGUGGAGGGAGCGGAGUAUGAAGAACUUGUCCGUCUUCAUGAUUCAGUCUAUGAUCAAGCUGUUGCCUGGUUUACUUCUCUUAAAGAAAACAUGAAAGCACAAAUUCUCAGUCAUUUUGGAUCAAUGCCAGGAAAAGAAUCUGAGCCACAGAGUAACCCUAGUGGCCCAGCGUGGUACUGGUGGCUAUUAGCAGUGUUGCCAUUAGAAAACAGGGCUCAGCUGGCUAUACUUGCUAUGACUUCCCUUAAAGAUCGUCUUAUUGCUAUCAGACGUGUAUUAAUAUUUGUUACACGCAAGAGAUCCAGAUGACAUGAAUUUACUUGUGAACAGGCACUGACAGAAUAUUGGUAGAUACGGUUUUAAAAUGCCUCAUACAGAGAUGAACAAUUUCUAGUCAUCUGACAUUCGCUAUUCUGGAUGUUCACCAAACUUUGCACUCUCCUCUGUAAUUAAUAAGCACUCUGUGCCUGUCGUCCUGGUGAAAUCUGAGCCUCUACGAAGUUGUGCUACAAUUACAAUGUAGUUGGUAGCUGUGGAUAACUACUUUGAAGUACUAUUCAUAAUCAAGAGUUGAUGUAUUUAGCCUGUGAGACAGAAUUUAAAGUACUAGAACACCACACACAGCCUAUGUGCAGUUUGGAUUUACACUGAGCAGAUGAAAAAAUUCUCUGCAAUGGAUCCCAGAAGAUGGAUUUACCAGAAUUUUUCCUAAAGUGAUAAGCAAAAGGAAAACUGAACUUUCCUAUGGAAAAAGAAUGCACAAAGUACAAAGCUGAUGGGAUGGUCUCUUAAUGAGUUGGUAGAUUCUCUCUGCACUCUCAUCUCCUGCUUGUUCAAGAAAUAUUGGUCUGUAAAAACAAUUUUCAAGAUGAUGAUUUUGGAGGUUGUCCAAGAGUAGUAUUUAUACAGUCAAGGCUGUAGUAGAGGGUGUUUGUCGAAAAGAUAGUAGCUACUGAACAGUAAUUUGGUAGCCGUAAGUAAUCCCUUGUGUUGUGAUUUGCAUGUUGUAGUGGAAUGAGUAUAUCAAAUGUCAAGGAAUGCAUUUAUUUUUAGAAAAUUGAAGUAACUCCAGCUGGUCUAUUAUCAUCAUGCUGCGCGAGCGCGCGCGCACACACACACACACACACACACACACACACACACACACACACACACACACACACACACACACACACACACAAAUUCCCUAAAACAUGAAACUAGUCAAAGGCUGUUGUGAAAUAACUAUUUCACUCCAGGUACUGGGAAAACAUACUAUAAUACUCAGCUGGUGUGUGUGUGUGUGUGUGUGUGUGUGUGUGUUAAAGUAAAUUGGCUAGGAUAAGCACUGGGGAAGAGUCCAUUUCUCUUCCCACCUGCAAAAGAUGUGCCAAGCUAAUCUUACGUUGGAUCAAUAUUUGUUUAAAACUUAAGGAUUAAAAGUUAGUGUUAUGAUUUGUAUCACAAGUGCUGCACGUGGUUAGAACCUAGGUCUGUGACAACGCCAUGAAAGGAGGUCCAAACUGAACACUAACAAAAGGCAAUUCUCAAUGCAAGCUUAAGUAAGGUAUCAUCUUCAUUUGUUUUGGUUUUUAAUUGAUACUGUUUUUGUUAGUAUGUUACUUUGAUAGCUGUUAAAUAUGUUGCUGAUUAGUCAAACUGCUUAAUUUUCUAAAUAGCCACUGAAAUAAUCAACAGUGUUACUAAUUUAAUGGCAUAGUUUCAUAUAAAUAGAAAUAAUUUUACCAACAGGAAAAGUUAACCAGAAUAUGUGUGCUCGAAGCAUAGCAAGUUGCUUUUAGAGGCACUUGUUCAUGUGCAAUGCUCUGGUGUCUUAACUAAAUGUUUUAAGUGCCUAGUUCCUAGUUUGCUUUAAAUCUCUCUCCCCGCUCCCCCCCCUUUGGUCUGUGAAGAUAUUAAAAAUUUGCACAUGAGUUCUGGAAGAAAACUGCAUACACAAAUGCAUUAAGACAUAUUAACUGCCUUCUUGGAUACUGUAAUUACCACCUGUGUGGUCUAGGAAAGUAAAGUAUCUAGUGUAGUGGUUUUCAAGGCUUUUUCACUUGAGUUCACCUACAGAACUUUGAAAGGACGUGGAAAUCUAGACAGACAUAGUCUGUUGAAAACCAGUGAUCUAGGUAACUUUUCUUUCAGCAAACCAUUACCAGAAGUAGUUUCUAUGAUCUGCUCUGAAUGUACUGUAAUUGCCUCUACCUUGAACACACCUUUUAUAGUUAAAUAUUGAUUUUUGUAACUAUCCUUUGAAUUGUGAAAGUGCAUAACUUACAACCAAUGAUGAUGUAAUUUCCACAAUAGCCUUGCUGCAAGUUCUGCUACCAUCAUAAGAGUACUAAAAGUAAAAGCUGUAUGAGAUUGAAGGGAUGGAGAAGGCACCAGAGCCACAAAGGUGUGUUUAAAAAAAAAAAAAAAAAAAAAAAAGCUUGAAGCCUUUUGGGGUGCACCCUCCUCCCCCAUCCUUGCAUUAAGAACUCUUUUAUUUCAUCCAAGUAUUGUGUGUUUUUUUUUUUUUUUUUUUUUUUUUUUUUUCUGGUAAACCCAUGCUAGACUACCAGCACUUUAGGUAGCUCACCUUCUUAAUCUUGUAACCCAACUGAUUUUCAGCUGCAAAAAUGAAUUCUUUGAGCUUUCAUGUAGGGCGGUUUUGGGGUUCCCACCCCCACCCCCCCACUUGCCACUCUUACCAUUGUCUUCCGUUCUGUCUUGGUCUUGCCCUUCUCAUUAGUAUCUCUUUCCUUGUCUACUCAUGCAUUUGAGAUUUAAUGUGUUGGUUGCAAGGGGACACUGACAGAAUCAUACAGUCUUAGGCCCUGAGCUGUAUUCAAUCUUACUAAUACACAUACCCUUUAAGAACUGAAAUGUUAGUAGCUGUUGUCUUGAUUCUCAUUACUGAAGGCAAUGACUUAAGAUGUCUGUUCUUUAAGUAUUUUGACUAGAGAUGUUAAACUUUAUUUUGUAAACAUGUAACUGCUGAAUUUUUUUUUAAAGCAGUUACACACUUACAUGAUGGAGGGCAAAACGGAGCUGGUAUGCGUGGGGAACCAGCUUUUAAGCUGGCUCUCCAUGCAUGCCAGCUCCUGUGGAACCAUCUGCUCCCCCAUCCUAACUUGAGGCAUGUACUGCCCCCCCGAUACAGAGGCAGCAAGGGGAGAGGGGAGGUGCAUGUAACAAUUAGGUUUAACUAGCGAGCCAAGGCUUAGUGGUUAAUUGUGUAAAUGAGUACAUGUUAACAACCCUAAGUGAUACUAUGAAACAAAGUGUAACCUUUUUCAUACAUUGCAGAACAGCAAUAAGGAUGACAAGUAAUAUUGUUUUGGGUUGUUUUAAUUCUUUCAAACUAUUUCUAGCACAGUGAGGUCCUGCUCCAUCCAUGACUGAGGCUCAUGGGUGCUAUGUUAAUUUAAACUAAUGUUUUUCACUUUUAAGCGACUCUCAUUUUUGAUAAAUAUUAUGAAAUAGUAUAUGUAUGCAAAUGUUAAACCUGCAACCCAAACUCACUAUUUCUUCCAAAACAUCAAAUAUUGGAUCAUAUAGCAAAUUUAAAGAGAAACCCUAUUCUUGGUUACUUAGUCUCAAGGGGUACAGUGCAUGCUUUAUUCUAACCAAGUUUUUCAGUUGUGGCUUAUGCAGCUGAGAAUAGUAAGUAGAUGAGAGAACCAAUUGCCUGUUCUCUAGAUCACAGGCAAAUGUCCAUAUUCCAGCUAUCUUACAUCUUUACCGUAGAGACAAGAACAAAGUACAGUUUUAAAACUGAGCUUAGCAGCUGAAAGACAAAUGUUUCACUUCCCUUUAACACACUACAUUUUUCAUGCUUACUUCUUAGCCUACCCAAUGUUACAGGAAAGCCUCCACUUCAGAGAGAUUCUUUAUAAAUCUUAAAGAAGCAAACAUGCCCAGACCUUGUUUUUCACCUUGUGGGUCACCUCUAAAGACUUCAAAAAUAGCUUUUUAAACUUCACCUUUCAUCUUUCAAGAAGCAUAUAAAUUAGUUUGCCAUCAAGGCCUUAACUACUGUAUUUGAACAUGUCCAGACUGUUUCAUCCAUUCCUUUGAACUUCUAACGUGCCGAUCAGUUUCUUCCUGUGCUCCUUUCUAUGUUCCAGUCCAUUUAGAAACUGAAAUAUAAAGCUAUUGUUCAAGAAGCUGUAAACUUUGUUCAUAUUAAAUUUCACAGUGGUGGAAUUGGUACUUGGUAGCGCCUUAAACUUGCAGUCGUGAAAUGAUUGUAUCAAUAACAAUCUCAUCUGGAGCUUGUGACCAGAUUAAAACAAGUAUGUGUAAUGUAGAUAAACUUGAAACAAUUUUUUUUACUGUUUUGAAUCUACUUAUGGAACUGUAUGUACAUAUGUACAAAUAUAAAUUAAACUGCACCAUUUUGUAUUUAGUAAAUUCAGGACAAAUCCAUGUUCUAACCACAUUUGGCACUUGUUGCACAAGCAAAGCCAAACUUUUUUAAAAGAUUGUGAUGUUCAUUUCAUGUGUAUUUCCAAUGUUCAUGGGAAAUGUAUUUAAUUUAUGUGACAUUUUGAAUAAACAGAUCACAUUCA